AUGCGACUCACAGGGCAAGGACGGCUCCGUUGGGACUCACAGGGCAAGGACGGCUCCGUUGGGACUCACAGGGCAAGGACGGCUCCGUUGCGACUCACAGGGCAAGGACGGCUCCGUUGCGACUCACAGGGACAGGACGGCUCCGUUGGGGCUGCAGGUGACGCCAGCCCACGCAGAGCACGCCGUGGUGGCGUUGCUGUUGCCCGCCCACGCGCCCCCCCACGCCUCCUGCAGCUGCACCAGCGCGCGCACUGCGCGCACACCGCCCAGGUGCAUGGGGAUGGGGAUGAGGAUGGGUAUGGUGAUGGGGAUGGGGAUGGGGAUGGGGAUGGGGAUGGGGAUGGGGAUGGGGAUGGGGAUGGGGAGAAACGGGUCAUGGAGAUGAUCGGGGGGACGGGCCACGGGCCUCGCAGCAGCAGCGGCGGCGGCGGCGGCGGUAACUUCAACCCGCAAAAGCGCGCGGCGAUCCCGCGCGCCGCCUUGGCUCCCCCCGCCUUCUCCGCGGUUGCGCCAGGAGCUCGAAUUCCCCUAGGCGACACUGGGGAACUCGAGCCACGCGCCGAGAGACGGUUCCGCCGCAUGGCGGAGCGGAGAAGGCGCGCGCAGGCGGAGGUUGCCGCGCGGAGGGGGUGGACGGUGGCGAGGGGAGUCGGGGCGGCGAGGCGGGGAGGGCAGCGGUGGGGGCGCGGCGUUGCGGGGGAAGCAGUCGGCGGCGGCGGUGAGGAUGAGAAGAGGUACGAGGAGCAGGCGCGCUGCGGCCGCCGGCACGCGCGGAGACGAGAAACCAGCGCUGCUGCUGCUGCUGCCGCUGCCGCUGCUGCUGCCGCUGCCGCUGCUGCUGCGGCGGCGGCGAUCCGUUAG